AUGAACGAAGAUGAAAAAUAUAAAUGGUUAUUUUUAUAUAUUUCAUUGACGGAUAAACAGAGAGAAGAGUUACAUGGUUUACUACCUUCAACCAGUUGUACCAUAGGCAAAGCUAGGGAAGAAGAAGUAAACAAAGUAGACUUAAGCAACAAUUCAACCAAGGAACAAGCUGUUACAAGAGCCAAAAGAGAACUCAAGAGAAGUAGAAGGGAGUUGGAGUCGGAAAGUUCUAAUACCUUAGAAAGUGAGAGUACUUGGAGCAGAAGCAGACUGAAAAGGCGCAACAGAGGUUCUGAAGUAAAAAAUGAAGAGAAAGUGACCAGAAAAAGGAAUACCGAAAAUGAAUAUUUACUAAAAUUAAGAAGAAAGACCCCGGAAAAUGAUGAAAACACACACAAAUACACAUCAAAUUCAUCAGAUUCGCAAGGAAAGGAGGCCGGUAUAAACAGUGAGAACGAAGAGAGCAAGGAAAACAACCCCGAAACGCAGGAAACAACGUACUCGAGGAUAGUCGACUGGUCAAAAAUAAACGAAAAGGUAGCCCUGAGUAACUACGACAAGUACAUCAGCCCAGCAAACAUAGUUAACGUCCUAAGAAAACUGAAGAGCAGAUUUGAAGUGGAGUACAUAUAUCCAAUAUGGAAUAAAACAGGAGUGUCAAUGAAGCUGAGAAUGCGAGUAAUAUUGGCAGCAGCAACCACGGAUAAAGGAACCUCAUCGAAAUACGACUUAAAGAGCAGAGAGCCAGUGGGCAGCGAAGAAUACAUAGAAUGGAUAAGAAAGCUGCUCAAAUGCCGCUUCCUGGAAAUGACAUUCCUGAUAAGAGACGGAGGGAUCAACGCAGCAUACAGGUCAGCAAUAGACAUGAGGAACUACUUCUACUCCUUCAUGGACAGAAGACUGAGCAAGAACAACAUAAUAAUACUGACGGAAAGGAUCGGGGACACGAGCACGUUCAAGUACGACCAGCCGAGGUACUUCGAGAGCAAGGACGAGAUACACAUGACGAACACGAUACGGCUGCUGAAGCUGGUGAACAUCCUGCAAAACAAGUUCAACAAGGACUCGAUCAUAGCGCGCAACAAGUACAGAACGGUGAUGCUUAACUCGUCGUACGAGGACGUGCAGCCGGAGGACCCGACGAAAACGCCAAUAAGAAAGGUGAUCAUAAGGUCAGUGAGGUCAAUCACGACAGGAGAGAGUCCGAGGAAGAAGUCUAGGCAGAAGGCGAAGCGGAUUGCCGUCGAAAGCACAAAGGAAAGUACGCAAAAAGCGCCGGAUAAAAAACAAAUAGCGGCGACUAGUCCGCGAAGCAAGGACUGGGACCUGGAGAGGCUGAGGAGGUGCAUAAUAGACCCGCCUCCGCUUCCAGAGUACUACACGUUCUCAGCGAAGUCAGAGCAGAGGAGGCAGGCAGGAGCAAAAAUGUCGAACAAAAAUCAUGAACUUGUAAACAAUAGUGAUUGUAACAAUGUAGAUGAACACAAAAGUGCUAUCAAGAGCAAGGUUACCAGCAACACAGCUGAAACAGGCGGUAACAACACAAACACAAAAGACACACAUGAAGGCAGUAGUGUAAACAGUAGCGGCUCAACAAAGAGGAAUAACACACAAAUUCACGCGAGCACGCUUGACACACAAAAUAAAAUCACGGCUACAACAAAGGACAUUGGCACUGACACGGACACUGACACAAACGUUAACACAAUAGUGAGUAUGCGUAACAAAAACACGAAUAACACUGCUUCAACCAAUAAAGAUAGCAGUAAUACAAACACUGCUUUAACCAAUAAAGAUAGCAGUAAUACAAACACUGCUUCAACUAAUAACGCUAGCAGUAAUACAAACACUGCAGUUACACAUAGUAAAACUACCGCUCGAAACACGAGUGAUGAGAGUAAAAGUGAAGUGUACGACUAUAAACAUUUCGGUGAAAUAGAGGACAAAGAAAAGUUUGACGUAAUAAUAGUAGGAGCAGGAGUAGGAGGCCUGGGAGCGGCGAGUUACCUGAGGAAGCAGAACCUGAAGGUGGGAGUGAUCGAGGCGAGAAACAGAAUAGGAGGAAGAAUGCUGACGACAUACUUCCCGAAGGAAUGCGUCAACCUGCCGGAAAUGAACAUAGACCUAGGGCCGAACUAUUUGCACUGCAACAACGUGUUCUUCUCGUCGAACAAGGGGGAGUGGAAUAAUGUAAGUAGCGCAAACGGGCUUACUGGCGGCGGAGGUAGCAUUAGUCGCAUCGCAAACCACAGUAGCAGUGAGCACGACAGCAAUGGAUCAAAGCAGAGCAGCAAGGAGGAAGCUGAAAGGGGAAGUGGCACGUUUGGGUCAGACACGGCGGACAUGUACGAGAAGAACAUGCUCUUCAACCCGUACAAGGACGUGAGGAACAAGAGAGGGAUAGAUAAGUCGAUACUGGGUCUGGCGUCGAUGCUGAGGCCGUACGUGGGAGACAUCUCGGGCUUUUCAAACUGGGAGCCGACACUGUACACGCACUGGUACAACGAAACGACGGGGAAGAAGCUAAACUUUUUGUCAGUAGUCAAGGUGAACACGGUGGUGGACCACAUGCUGCUGAGGACGUCGAAGGUCUUCAAUAAGCUGACGCACGAGUUCUUCACGGACUACAGGUACGCAGAUAAGACGAUUGACACAGCAAGCGUAAGCGGCAACGAAGAUCGCAAGGAGGAAGGUGAAGCAUUUGUUGCCAGUGACGGUAGUAGCGUAGUUGCUGGUGUUACCAGUAACUUUGAUGGCGUUACUGCUAAUGACGUAGGUGUAGGUGCUACCAGUAACUUUGAUAGAGUUUCUUAUGGUGAACGUAAUGGCGUUGACGCCAAUUAUGUGAGCACUAGCGACGGUGAUUUGACAAUUAUAAAAAAGCACAUGGUUAACAGCCCGGAUUUAAACGACAUGACGACGACGACGGCAGCAACACUCGAUGACAAUCACGCCAGUUUUAAUAACAACUACAGUUUUAGUUCAAGUAGCGCUUCAGACGCAGGAAAUGACACUAGUAACAGUGUUAUGGAUAGCAGUAAAAUAAGUGGAGUUGAAAGUGUUGAUUAUAACAGUGUUAAGGUGGAGGAUUAUGAGAACGAAUCAAACGAGGACGAAAUUGAGGAGGGCACUGAGGACGACAGUGAAUAUGAAGAUGAGCAAGAAAAACGACGACAGCAACGUCAACAGCAACGUCAACAGCAACGACACCAGCACUAUGAUCAACAACGCCCACAAGGACAUCAACAACAACUUCAACACGAUGAUCAACAACAACUUCAACACGAACAACACAAAGUGCAACAAGAACGAUCACGACCAACCAGACAACGCCGACAAGUAGAGCAACACGAAGAAGCAAAUACACCUACUGCAGUGACACAGCAAACAGCUGGUAUCAGAAAGAGCACAAGGAUUAAAAAGUUGAGUUCGUUUAUACUGUAUAAUGAAAGUUUAAAUAGGCCACUGGAAGAAAGAAAUAAAAGUAAAGCAGCAAAGAAUGAAUUUAGUAACACGGAAGGAAGUGAGGCGAAAGAAAAGAGAAUAAUAUGGAGUAAAAUAAAAAUAAGAGGAAUUGAAGAAUUGAUAAAACAAGGAAAAAGUAAAUUCCUGAGUCUGUGGGACAUAUACAUAGCAAUCUACGUGGAGUUGCUGGAAGAAGUGAAGAAGGAGCUCAACUACGGGUUGAGUGAGACGGAAGAAAAGCUGUUGUUCGCAAUAAUGCAGUCGCGGCUAGGAUAUAACUCAGACAUGAGGGAGACGUGCACAUCGAUGUGUAAGCUACCAGCGUCGUUUAGCCCACUACAUUUUAAGUUUGAAAAAGUAAAUGAGUCAGAAAGGGCCGAAUCGUCAGUAAAAGGAGACGUGCCAGUGAGUAAUGGCAUUGAGGAUAGUACUUUAGUAGUUGGAAUUAGUAAUAGUGGCGGCAGUGGUACAGGUAUAUCCAGGAACAGCGGUGAAGGCACAGUUGGUGCACUAGAGGAAAACGACGUGGAAAUCAGGCCCUUCAAGAUGAACGAAAGGACGCUAAACAACUACGUUAGGAACAUAAGGAGGCAGUUUGACAAAUAUACGAAGCUGAGUGUAUCGAGAUUUGACGGCAAGUCUGAUUCAGACAAGCUAGUGAUAAACGGCUGGGGAUGGCUGCUAAACCAUCUGAUUAAAAAUAUAAAAACAAGUAUAUACCUAAAUACAAAGUUGACGAAAAUAAAAAUACAGGACGUGAAAAAGGCCCAUAAGGGCAGCAAUGUUAAGUCGGAGGAGAAGAAGUCGGAGUCUGGUAACGCUGAGGAAGACGUUGGGGACUACAAACAAGAACAUCAACAUCAACAAGAAGAACAAGAUGAAAUAAAAAGGAUAUACGCUAAAUAUGUGUUGGUGACUGUGCCGAAUUCAUUGGUGACUGAAAUAGAAUUUGAGCCAAAACUGGAUGAAAAUAAAACAAAAUCGCUAAGGAACUAUGAUAUGGGAUACCAUAAUAAGAUCAUAAUGAGGUUUAAGCCGUGUGACGUAUUUUGGCCAAAACAGGAGCUGCAGUUCAACUGCCUGGAUAGCUCGUUCCAGUUUAUGAAUUUGGACGCAUACGGAAAGAAGGGGUGCCUCUUGGCGCACUCGUUUCCGCCAUUUAGCAAGUGCUUCAUAAAGGUGUCGAAGGAGAAGUUGUUGAUGAGGUGCCUGGAGUUGCUGCACAGAAUGUUUAGCCUGGAAAGGAAGGUGUACCCAGUGCAGGUGUUCAUAACGAAUUGGAAGUCGGACCCGUUUUCGAGAGGAAGCUAUUCGUACCCAACGAAGUACGCGAGGGAUGAGGACAUAAUACACCUGAAGUCGCCGCAUCCAAUAGGAGACCCAAAGGUGUUAUUUUCAGGCGAAUACAUCAGUAACUCAUACUACCAGUGUGUCGAUGGCAGCUACGACACUUCAAUAAGAGCAGCAGAGGAUAUAUAUAACCUAGGACUCAACCAAAAUAAAAACAGUGCCAAGAGUAGUUCGGGAAGUAGUAGUAGUAAGAGAAAAUGCAUUAAAAACAGUAAAAGUAGUAGUUGUGACUCGGAACUGAGUAAAAGAGUAAAGUAUUUAGAUAAUAUAUUGAACAAUGAUCAUGCGGAUAGUUUCAUGGGAAUACCAAUACCACUGCCAUCGAAGGAUUUACUAGGGUACUAUCUGACAGACGGAUCAGAUGAGUUGUUCUCAGACGAUAACGACUUCAUAACAUUGCCAACAAAUCUAGAAAGAACUUCAGAUCAGUUAAGUGAGAAAAGUAAGUUUGAUAGAGAUAAGAGGAGCGUAAGGACGAAUAAGGAGCCAUGUUUGUUUGAUUCUGAUUGUGAGGAUCACUAUGAUACUGAGUUGGAACGUGGCAGCAAUAAAAAGAGGAAGGUAUUUGAAGAGAAUUACACGUGCAUAAAUAGCAGUGGUAACACCGGUAACACUAUCACUAACACUAGCACUAACACUAGCACUCGUGGCAGUGCCAAAACUAGCAAUGCCGCCAAUACUGACAGAAACGACAACCGAAACACCAGCACUAACACUGGCAUUAACACUAAUGGCAAAACUAGUAGAAAUGGUAGCAGUAAAAACAGCACUAACACUAACACUGGCACUAAUGGCAACACUGUUACUAAUGGCAACAGUAAAAACAGCACUAACACUAACACUGGCACUAAUGGCAACACUGUUACUAAUGGCAACAGUAAAAACAGCACUAACACUAACACUGGCACUAAUGGCAACACUAACGUUAACACAAGUGAAAGGACUGGCAAGAGACAAGUAUCAGAUAAGGAGAGUAAGGAGCUGGAAAUGCUGUUAAUCAUCAAAAGCGUUUUCAGUGAAGAUGAGAUACACCUUGGAAGUUUGCUGGAAACGUACGGAAAGUUCGAGGAACUACUGGUUCAUUUGCUACAAGAACAACAGAUAAACAAGCACAUCUAUUAUUCUAACGUCAUAAUGAUAUCGCUGCUGACCACAAUACUGCAAUACAUAAAGUUUAAAAGGGAGAGAAAGGAAGAGGAUGACGGAAAGAACGGAUUCGAUCAGUUGAAUAGGAAGGUGUUGAGUGAGUUGAGAAACUAUAAGAAUGAAAGGGUGCAGAUAAGAAAUCAGCAGUUUUCAAGAAAAAUGGUAGGAAACAUGUCGAAGUUGCUGGGACUGAGACACGACUUUCUGUGCUACCACUGCCUGAGGGGAGGAGAGGUGAUCCUGUGCGACACGGAGGGCUGCGACCGGGUGUGGCACUACGACUGCCUGCCGAACGCAUUUAAGCCGAAGACCAGAUACAACCUAAACGACGCCAAGCCGGAACUAUGUGGCGCACCGAGCAAAGACGAAAGCAGCACGUGGAUGUGUCCAAUAUGUUCAAACUUCCCAAUUAAGAGGGGAGAAAAGAGCUGUAGCAGAGAUGUGCAGUUAUACUGGAUUCGAAGAGGAUAUUGGUGGAGAGUAAAGGCCACAAUAUCAGUCUCACUUCAAAUAUACAAAAGGAUCCAGAACCUUAGUAGCCAAUAA